AUGUCGGGCGAAGGCGAACGGGCUUCCCGGCCUAAUUCUCUUUUGCUAGAGGUACCUCCUACAGAGCGCGAGCCACUGCGUUUUGAUGUACAUCUGGUUGGAGCUCCGCCGGAAGUAGAACAACUAGUCAAUAAUAUAAAACAAGUUGCUGAAGAUUUCCUUUAUCACUGGAAAACUUUCCCUAUUGUUCUCCCUCAAUCCCAGUUUACGGGCACCGGUAACAAACCUUCAGAUAUAAUUAUUGCACCACCCUGUGAUGAGCUUGAUGCAGCUGCGUUAGACGCUGGUGUGGAACCACAUCCACUCUCUCCAAAGCAACUUCACGCCAUUAGGGAAAAGGGCGAGUUCGAGGUGCCGUCGCGUCACUUCCCGGGGCAGAGCCAUGUAUGGCGUGUAUCAGGAUGGCUGCAACGCGGCAGGGCACGGGCUAGAGAAGAGUUAUAUUGCCACGUGGCGAGGGCAGUUGCACUGGUGGUGGUAGUGGCAAGAGACCGGCUUCUAAAAGACGAACCCUUGUCUGUGAUUGCCGGUGGGAAGGCUUUACUACAGGGACUAUAUAGAUUGCUCGAUCUCCUCAUUGGUAUGCCUUCACUUGAAGCUCGUGAUCUUGAGAAGAAAAUCCGCGAAGAGAGAUCGAGAUACUUAGUGGCGGAACUUAUCUGUAAGCCGGAGCACCGCGAGGACAUUAGCGCGCUGGCCGCGUGGGUGGGGCGCGCGAUGCGCCGCGCCGCCGCCGAGAAGAGCGAUGCGCGCGACGCGCCGCGCCCGCCGCCGCCCGUGCCCUGCCUCUACACCACGCCGCAGCGCACUCAGGUGGACCUGAGAUUAUACAAGCGCGAUAUACUACGUCGCGCGGCGGCACCUCUGCAGGCGAUACUGGAGCGCGAGUCCCGCGGCUGGUUCCUGCACUUCAGGGAGCGCAGGGCUGCCGAGCUCGCCAGCCAGAAAGUGCCCUUGAAGGAUAUUGAAGAGGUUAUUUCGUCAUCAGACGAACGUUCAUCAGCAUUAAGAAUGCUUGACCGUGUUGGAAUGUCUACAGUAAGAUUUUUGUAA